GCGACCUCGUCGUCUUCAACCAGCAGCUGCAUCAUCCUCCUCAUCACCAUCAUCAUCAUCAUCAUCCAGCAGGGAAAAACAUCCAGAAUAAGUCAUCGGUGAUCCGACAAAUCCACGCCAUUCUCUUCUCGGAGCCCGAGGCCCUUCGGAGAGCGCCUGUCUGAGUCUCGCGCGGGGCGGUGAUGAAUCCCGCAGGCGUGGUCGUGGGCUGGUCCAGCCUGCCAUAAGCGUCAAAAAAAAAAACAGAGGGAUGCGGAGGUCCGGGAAAACACAGCCCGAAUCAGCACCGUGCGCACCGGGGACGCGAGCCUGAUAAUCCAGCGCGGGGGGUUUGACGCUUUGCGCUGCGUCGCAGAUUCACGGGGCGUCCGCGCGCGCGAAGGACAAAGAGGAGAGGAUGCUCUAAGCCGCGCCGCCUGGUCCUGCUUCGCCUAGCCUUUCCUUUUUCUACGUUUUCUCUCUAUCCUCUUCUGGUCCGUCCCACGCCGGGAAGAUGAGCAGAAGUCCCACUCCUAAAGGGACGCCGGUCCAGCACAGUCCGGUGGACGGCGAGUGUCUGGAAGGAGAAAUGAUGCAGUCCCCGCAGCAGUCCACGCCAUCCAGCGGCCUGAAGAAGCGCGUCUCCAGCCUCCUGCAGAGCCCGUCCUUCCGAGAGGAGCUGGAUGUGUUGAUUCAGGAGCAGAUGAGUAAAGGAGGAAGCUCCUCGAACCUGUGGGCUCUCAGACAGAUCGCAGACUUCAUGGCCGCUCACGGAUCUCCGGCGUCGCUGCCCGUCUCUCAGUCCACUGUGAGUAUGGUGACCCCCAUCAACGACCUGCACGGAUGGGACCCGGGCUCCAUGGUGAAGGGCGAGAGACUGAUGCGCUGCAAGCUGGCGAGCGUCCACCGUCUGCUGGACCUGUACGGCUGGACACAGCUGCCCAACACCUGCCUGACGAUGCGUGUUAGUAAAGAGCAGGAACAUUUCCUGGUGCUGCCGGACGGUUUGGCCUACGGAGAGGUGACCGCCUCCAAUCUGGUGAAGGUGAAUGUUCUCGGGGAGGUUGUGGAGAGAGGCAGCACUUCUCUGGGAGUGGAUCAGUCUGCGUUCGCUCUUCAUUCUGCGGUGUAUUCGGCUCGACCCGACAUCCGCUGCCUUCUGCAUCUUCACACUCCAGCCACGGCCGCGGUAUCAGCCAUGAAAUGUGGCCUUCUGCCGCUAUCCCAUGAGGCUUUGCUGGUGGGCGACGUAGCUUAUUACGACUAUAAUGGAGUGAUGGAGGAAGAAGAGGACAGAGUGGAGCUCCAGAAGAGCCUCGGCCCCACAUGCAAGGUGCUGGUUUUGAGGAACCAUGGAAUCGUGGCGCUGGGAGAAUCGGUGGAGGAGGCCUUUUACACAAUCUACCACAUCCAGACCGCCUGUCAAAUACAGGUGGCAGCACUGUGCAGCGCCGGAGGAGAGCAGAACCUGAUCCUUCUGGACCGCAGCGUCCACCGACCCGUCUCCACCGGCACCGUGGGCUGGGCCGGGUCCACCUUCGGCCCCAUGCACAAGAGCAGGCUGGGAGAACACGAGUUUGAAGCAUUGAUGAGGACGCUCGACAACCUGGGUUAUCGUACGGGUUACGCCUACCGCUUCCCCGUGCUGCUGGAGCGCUCCAGAACCAGGAGAGAGGUGGAGGUUCCUGCCACCGUCACCUCCUUCUCCUUCCUCGAGGACGGAGUUCAGCCUCACCCUCGUCUCCAUCCUCACGCCCAGAGACAGCAGCAGAAGACCCGGUGGCUGAACACCCCAAACCUCUACCAGAAGGUCAACCAGGACCAGUCCAGCCCGGGGCAUCGCACCACGUGGCAGAAGGCCGAGGAAAUCACGCAGGGCAGCGGACGCUCCAUCAAGAUAGAGAAUCCAAACCAGUUCGUCCCUCUGUUCACCAACCCACAGGAGGUGCUCGAGACCAGAAAUAAGAUACGAGAGCAGAACCGUCAGGACAUGAAAACAGCCGGACCUCAGUCUCAGGUGUUAGCCAGCGUCAUCACAGACAACAGCCCACCGACUCCAGAAGCUGUGGAGCCUCCACCGGCCCCGGAGCCGGAGACCCCGAACCCCUUCAACGAGCUGACAGAUCAGGAGCUGGAGGAAUACCGCAAGGAGGUCCAGCGCAAGCAGGACGGUGUAGAGGAGGCGGUGAAUGACACGGGGUCCUCCCCCAAGCCCCGCCCCCCGUCAGAUGGGAACGCCACCGAAGCGGUGCAGAACGAUAAAGGCGACGAAAAGAAACAGCAGGAGGAGCUAGAAAAGCAAAUGAAGGCCCUCUCCACCGCCGACGCUUCGGAGACCACGCCCCCGGCCCCGCCCCCCACGGCCCCGCCCAACAAACCCGCGGGCAACACCCCCGAGGGCUCGCCUUCCAAAUCUCCUUCCAAGAAAAAAAAGAAGUUCAAGGCUCCCUGUUUUCUAAAGAAAAGCAAGAAGCAAAAAGAGAAGGCAGAAUCUUGAACUCUUACAGACACGUUCUCCAAGUGUUCUUCGCUAGUUCUUUCACACACAAACACAUCUUCACGUCCGGUCUGUAUCACUGCGUGUCCAUUCGUCAUACCGGUUUUUUGAUUACGGUUCUGUGACUCGAAACACACGCAAUGCUUCACUGACGCACAUCGAAAAACGUGACCCUUCCCUCGCUUUAAACUGAAUUGCACUUAGUACAUGCAUUAAGAAACAGAAAAAAAGAAUGUGGCACUGAGUAAGCGUUGAUCGUUCAUGUCUCUCGAUUCUGAUUGUUGCUCAUUAUCACGUGUAUAGAAUUAUCACAUGUUUUUUUUAACUCUACCGUAAACGUCUCCGUCUCACCUUGUUGCGGAUAGCAGGGAUAAACUAACCGAACACGUACCGUUCACUGGAAAUCAUGACUGCGAUGGCUUGCAAAUAAUUAGACGUCACAAGGCCAGAAGAAGCAAGAUCAUGGCUUGAUGCUGCAAAGAAAACACAACUUUAAAUGCACGACUUUUUUCCUCUUCUUAUAUUAUUUAUGAUCUUUUUUUAUGUAUGUGUGCUGGAGACUUAACUGCAGUUGGAGUUCUUUUUAUGAUCAUUCACUGUUCUUUAAACGCUUUUGUGUGUAUGUUAGCUGGUUUAUAAACUUGAUUCCAUGUCAAUAUUAGAAUGUAAAAUGCUAGGAUUGGAUGUACCAUUCAUUAAAAACCACAUCCAUGUAAA